AUGACUUUGGAGUGUGCCUGUCAAAGAACCAGUGGCUGCAAUGAAACGCUCAUGCUGGAAAGGUUGCCAGCAUGUGGCAAAGCAUUUGAAGAGAUGAUGAAGAAAGUGGAUGUAAAGAAUUGGUGCAACUUGACUGAAUUUAUUACGUACUACGACAACUUCACCUCUUGCACAGAACUUGAAACAAACAUUGUGGGGUGUUUUUGGCCCAACCCCCUAACAGAAGGCUUCAUCACAGGGGUCCACAGACAAUUCUUUUCAAACUGUACAUCGGAUAAAGUGCACUGGGAAGACCCACCAGAUGAAAUUCUCAUUCCCCUCAUUCUGAUCCCUGUGCUUUUGACAGUGGGGAUGGCAAGCUUGGUGGUGUGGUGCAGUAAACGCAACGAUGUUUUGGUGUAAUCUGCAUUUUCCUCUUUUGACUUUUUUUGUUCCUUUUUUUUGGGGGGGCAAAACAGCAGGAAUCAAGUUUCAAGAACCAUUGGUUUGUGGCUGCUUGAGCCUAAAUAGUUCCUAACCAGAGGAAAUCUUUCUGGGUUUCAAAAGUCUUGAUGACAAGCUGCCAAUGUGGAAUUUGAUUUGUGUAAUGAAAAGUACUCACUUUUUUUGAUGCAAAGACAUUGAGUUUCAUCAGAUUUAUAACUCUCCCAGGAGCAAAAUGAAAGUUUCUAGAGACUUUUAAGUAACUAUGGAAGCUGCUGAAAACAGAAAGAUGAAAGGCAA